AACUGUUUCUUUUGCGCUGGCUUUGCAUCAUAGAUUUUUCACCACUGCACAGAAUUCUGGUUACAACCGAAAACGUUGCUCCCGUUCGAUCCUUGUAGAUCUUUUACCCACGUUUUUUUUCUCUUCCUAACCAUAUUAUAAUAUUUUGUUGAAUAAUUUUAACGUCAAAAUGGCGUUUAAUAUUGCCGUAUUUUAUUUUUGUCCAUGGUGUUGGUAAUCUUUGGAAAAAUUCUGGAUUACAUUAACGGAUUUACAUUUACCGUUUUUAUAUGGGAAUAAAAUUGUGCGUUGUUUGAGGAUUACGAUGCUGGCUCAGCAGACAAAAUGUCUGCAUCAGCUGAACAAAUUUUAUGCGGAUCGCGUACAGGCCCGCAAACUCACCAUCAGCCGCUCCAUCAUGGAGAUUGUGCAGAUCGUCCAAGACAUUCUUAAAGAAGUUGAGGUGCAAGAACCGCGCUUCAUCUCCACCCUGACGGAAGUCAACGGCCGCUACGAAGGCCUGGAGGUCAUCUCGGCCACCGAGUUCGAAGUGGUGCUGUUCCUCAACCAGAUGGGCGUGUUCAACUUCGUCGACGACGGCAGUAUCCCGGGCUGUGCCGUGCUGAAAUUAAGCGACGGCCGGAAACGCUCCAUGUCCCUGUGGGUGGAAUUCAUCACCGCCAGCGGCUACCUCUCCGCCCGGAAAAUCCGCUCGCGUUUCCAGGGGCUGGUGGGACAGGCGGCCGAGAAGAGCCGCUACCGGGAGCAGGUUAAACUGGUGACGGACAGCAACGAGGUCAAGCUGAAGAUCCGUGAACGCUACACCGUGCAGAUUACCCCGGCGUUCAAGUGUAUCGGGAUAUGGCCGCGGAGUGCCGCCCACUGGCCCAUCCCCCAUAUUCCCUGGCCGCAUCCCGGUAUUGUAGCGGAAGUGAAGACUGAAGGCUUCAAUUUAUACUCUCGUGAAUGCUCCGGUUUAAUCACCAAGCAGACCGCCAUGGAGGGCGAUGCCUUCGUCAUGAACUUCACCGACGCUGAGGAGCGCCUGCUCCAGAACGGCUGCCGGAAGAAAUGCCUGAGUAUCCUCAAAACCCUGCGUGACCGGCAUCUGGAACUGCCCGGCAACCCGGUGUCCAACUACCAUAUGAAAACGCUGCUCCUGUAUGAAUGCGAAAAACACCCACGAGAAAUCGAAUGGGUGGACAUCUGCCUGUUCGACCGGAUCAACGGGAUUCUCCUGCAGUUAAUCUCGUGUCUACAGUGCCGGAAAUGUCCGCAUUAUUUUCUCCCCAAUUUGGAUCUGUUCCGCGGGAAGCCGGUGGCGUCGCUGGAGCAAGCGGCGAAGCAAACGUGGCGGUUGACGCGCGAGCUCAUUACCAAUGCACAGUUUAUAAAUAUGGGAUGACCUUUCAUAAUUUUUAAGAAGAAAAAUGAAAAUCAACAUAACAAAAUAAAAUGAAUUUUUUAAAAAACUUAUUUGGAUUUAAUUAUUUUUGCUACACCUGGUAAAAUUAGUUGACCUUUCGUUUAAGUUUUGUUGUUGAUUCAUUGUAAGUAAUGUUGUAUUUUUUUCGUCUGCUUUCUGUUGAUGCCCCGUGUGCAGUAUAUUGUGAUGUGUGAUUUAAUUGGUGUUUUCAAUUCUGUAUCGGUUUAAACUGACGGUUUAGACAGAAAAAUGGCGAUGGAUGUGUGUGCGCCGUCGUACAGACAUAUCUGCAAAGCCCGGAAGGAAGAGAAUAAUUAAAUGCGCGCAUACGCGCCGUAAAA